UUUCCUGUUCCGGCUACUAUGUGUUGCUGUGUUUUUAGUAGAACGGCAGCGUAAUGGCCGCACGGUUGAUGCGGACUUGGCCCUUCUUAUCCCACUUUCGCCUGGGUUGCGGGGGCACGGCUCGUUUCGUGUCUCAGACACCCUCAUCAGGUGCUGCUGGCUCCGCAGCUGUUUCAGACCUACAGCGAGCUCACACCAAGGACAGCGACGGACACGUAGAGGUCAGCGCCUUCAAAAAGAAUCCUGACUACCAUGGGUUCUCUCAGGACCCCUAUGUGGACCAAUGGAACAUGAGGAUGGCCUUCUUCUUUGGCAUUUCAGUGGCCAUUGUUAUUGGGGGCACAUUUAUCCAUUACCUUCCAGAUCAUGGUAUGCGGCAAUGGGCCCGAAGGGAAGCAGAAAGGUUAAUCAAACAGCGAGAGGAAGAGGGCCUUCCACUCAUGGAUGAGAAUUACUAUGACCCCAGCAAGAUCAUACUGCCAUCCACUGGAGGGGAGGAGUAACUCUGGGAUCAGUUUGUUUUGCACUGAUGGGAUAACUGAAGAUCUAUUUGUUGAUAACAUGCUUAUGUGUCUAUUCAACUGUGAGUUUGAUGUUCUAAAUUAGUAAUAAACCAUAAGCAUUUA